AUGAGUCAACAACAACAAUGGGAUGCGCCAAGUAGAGGUGGAUCAGUGAAGAGGGCAAGAGAAAGAGCGGCAGCAGGUAAACCUACCGAACCGAUACCCGCCCCAAGACCUUAUGAUCCUACAUCAACGAGCAAUACUCCGAGUCCGCCCAGAGCAAGACUUCAAGGUUCACCAGGAAUGACGAAAAACGGUGUUCAAAGUACUGUCGGUCUAGCGAUUUCUCGACCUACUCAAGUACCACAAUGGCCGUUGAUGGCAACAAAUCCUGGCCCAGAGCCUCAACAGUAUCAACCUCCUCCUAAUCGAGGUCCACCUCCUCAAAGACCACCAAGACCUAGUCAUGUACCUUCAAUCCUUGAUUCGUCUAGAAUACAAGAUAUUACCCCAACAUUUCAAUACCAACCACAACAAUAUUCGCAACCACAACAAUAUUCGCAGCCACAAGAUUUAUUUGCCCAAUCACAAACUCGUGGCUCACCACGAAAUCAAGAUGAUAGCUUUGAUCGAAACUACCAAUCACUACAGUCUCCUCCACUAACAUCAUCGUCACGUCAAUCUACCGUCUCAUCGGUCGAGGUAUCUGAGGGCUUGGGUCUCAGUCCACGAACACUUCCAGGCUCACAUAGUUCAUAUGCAUCGAGUGCAGCUAUACCUUCAAGUUGGGGACCAGAAUCGCCUGGCUAUUAUCGAUCGGAUGAGGAUGAGGAUGAUUAUGAAGAUGAUAGGAGGUUCGAUACAGUAUCGGAAGGUCGAGAAUCUAGAGCAUCAGAUGAUAACGACGAUCGAGGAUUGAUCAGAAGUGCUAGCAUUGGCAAACGAGCAAGACCCUCUAUGAUCGUAACACGAUCCUCGGGUCAAAUCGAUCCCGCACGACUUGCUGCAAUACCUACGCCAUCAUCGGAUGCCAGGAGAUUAUACCCAACACCGUUACAACAGUCGACAUUAAGUUCAGUAGAAGCUCAAAGAUCAACACAGUGGCCGAUGCCUGGGGAUCUGAAUUCACCUUUAGCAAAUGUUCCAACAAUUGCCAUGGCGCUAACCACUGAUCUGCCUUCACGAGAUGGAACAAAGAGCCCAAACGCAAGUGCUAUGCUCGGAGCAUAUCAAGCAGCAAGUGCUUUACCUAGCGACUCGAGCAAAUCGUCUUCUGCAAAUGAUGGACGACCAUUUAGUAGGCUAUCGGCAUUGCGUCGACCACCACGUCUCAAUAUUGAUGCGGUAAGAGAGGCAGAAUCUAGAGGUAGCUUGACAAGUUUACCAGACUUGAUUCGAAGAGCAACGAGAUUAGCAUCGAUGAUUGAUCGUGGCAAAAGACCAGCAAGUCGGAUGGGUUUGGACGAUUUUCCCAGCGACAGAGAUUUCCCAAGCGAGAAAGAAAUCGAACUUUCACCUAAUUAUGAGAGACGAGGUUCUACUCUUUCCGGAAUGUUAUCGGCCUUUCCACCGCCUGGUCGUGAAACGCCUGCUCGCGAUACUCCACGACCCUUAUCGGCCUGGCCAGAAUACGAUUCAAAUGAUCCAAAACAUGACACAAAUGCAAGAAGGCAAAGGAAGUGUUGCGGUCUGCCUAGUUGGGGUUUCAUCCUCGUUAUUAUAAUCUUACUAAUCAUAAUUGCGGCCGCCGUCGUCGUACCUCUUAAAUUUCUCGUAAUUGACAAACACAAAACAACUACCACCGCAACCCCCACUCCAGUACAAAUCUGCGCGGCAGAUAGUUCAACUGCUUGUAAAAAUGGAGGAACUUCUUACUUCGACAAUGGUGUCUGUUCUUGCAUAUGCACAAAUGGAUUCACAGGCAGCACAUGCACAGUUGCAGGAUCUACGGGUUGUACCACCACGUCAUCAGGCACUGCCACAAACAUGACUAUUGGCGACUCUAUACCUCGACUAAUCUCCGCUGCUCAAACCAAUUUUUCGAUCCCUUUAUUCGAGAAUACCAUUCUGGCGAGAUUCAACGCCGGGGAUUUGAGUUGUGCGUCGGAAAAUUCGCUGGUCACUUUUGAUGGAAGUGAUGAAAGAAUGGGAGAUGCGAGUGCUGAAGUGACGCUUUCCACGGCCAACAAAGUAAAAAGAAAUGCACAGCCAGAUCCUACAAAAGCCGAGAUCCGCGCCCUUGCAAACUCAGAUGCAACUUACAUCUACACUGACAUCAGCUCAGCAGACUCUACGUCACAAUAUGUGUCCACUUCAACUGUUUCUGUCGCAUCAACCUCUGUUGCACCGCCUUCCACAACUUCAUCCCCGAGCACCACGAAGACCACACCCGCAACCCUAACAACUUCUACAAUUGACCCAACAGCUGUCUUUUCUAUUACUCAGGAAGUUCUAGACUUUGCUAGAGUCACAGUACUUUUUGUUUUGCAACAGGAAAACUUAGAUAAUGCAAUCACAGCACAAACACAGCUUCAAAAAUUCUUCAAUCAAGAAACCUUCGAGAACUUGGCUGCUAUGAAUAUCUCGAUGGGAGGCGGGAACACGGUUAAUUUGGUGGAAUGUAAAGUAGAUUUGGGGAAUGGAACGAUUGGCCAGAAAAACACCGUCACGAGGUGA